ACAACACCAGAGGAGCUCGCGGGGAAGAAGAUGAGUUUACAACAGGUUAAUGUGCCAGUGGAGGUGUCGAAGAUCUCGGUGCAGUACAAAGAGAGAAGAAGAAAGCAGAUGAUGGCGUUCUUUGGAGCCACUGCCACCACUCUUCUCUUCGCGCGCCUGGCGUACAGAGGUGUUCAAUCAAGAAGAUACAUUCCACAGCUGUUCAACGCCAACCACAUCCCGCCGGCGUUCUCGUUCCAGAGGGAUGCCAUCCUGGCAGUAACGCACGCUACAUGCCUGGCCACUUCAGGCUUUGCAAUGGCCAUCACCGGUGUGUGCUGGACAUGGGAUGUCAGCACGCCAAAGGAGUUCGGGUUCAAAGUGAAGAGAUUACUCGGAGGCGAUGUCAAUGAACAGAAGCUCAGCGAAGCGCCUAUGGAUGAAGAGUCACUUACGGUUCAGGACGCCAUCAACAGAAUCAUGAACGGCGAGGACAUCACCGAAGGUUUAGAUGAGGAGCUCUCUAAAUGAUUCAGGCGCUUGGAGUACAGCCGCUGGGAGUACAGCCGCCAGUGCCUGAUGAUCUUGUAUAUAUAUACGUGUAUAGACGAUAACUACGCGACUUGUGGAG